GACUGGUUUUCACCUUACCUGCCUACCAUUAAUUAACUUGGGAACUGAAUACUAAUAGAUCAAUGCAAUUCCUGGAUAAUUUUCGAAAUGCUGACCGUAGUCGUCUUCACAACAGUGUUGUAUCAAUCAUUUCAGGAUUUCUGUUUGCAUUGGGCUGGUGGAUAGCGAUUGAUGCGGCUGUUCUUUUUGCUGAGGAUAAUGCUUUACCCAAUGCGUAUCACACCGCAGGCGUGUUUAGCACUAUUGCUUUUAUUCUGGUUAAUAGUGUUCCAAAUGGAGUGUUGAGAGACGAAUUUUCAGACAGUCGUAUUGGGAGACGUGGAGCUCUAAUAUGCUUGUUCGUUGCCUUCUCAAUGGCCUUUAGCAGUGUGAUAGCUUCAUGCUGGAUACUAUUCGGAGGUUAUGUCGCUGCAGGGAAGAAGCCAGUAUGGCCCGGUGUAGCUAUACUAUUACAGAAUUUACUGCUAUGUGUAUCCUCGAUGUUGUUUAAAUUCGGUAGAAAAGAUAUUGACGAAUUCUAA